AUGAACACUUUGAGGAUUCUUCUAGCCGUUGCAGCUGCCAAAGACUGGUUCGUCCACCAGUUGGAUGUGAACACAGCUUUUCUACAUGGAGAUCUUGAAGAGGAAGUCUACAUGAAACCACUCCCUGGCUUGAAUGUGUCCAAUCUAAAGCUGAUAUGCAAAUUAGAGAAGUCACUCUAUGGCUUAAAGCAAGCCAGCAGACAGUGGAACUCAAAAUUAGCUAACACCUUGAUCAAAUUUGGCUACACUCAGUCAAAACAUGAUUACAAUUUGUUCACAAAGGUUACUGGUUCUGGAUUCACAGCUGUGAUAGUCUAUGUCGAUGACUUGGUGCUUGCGGGAAACUGCAUCAAAGAAAUCACAGCUUUGAAGCAACAUCUUCAUGACCUUUUCAAAAUUAAAGAUAUUGGAGAAUUGAAGUUCUUUCUCGGUUUUGAGUUUGCUCGAAGCAAGAGAGGAAUAACAAUGUAUCAAAGAAAAUAUUGCCUAGAUCUACUGGAAGAAUAUGGGAUGCUUGGAUCCAAGAGUUGUUCAACUUCUAUGGAUUACACUUCUCAUCUCUCUAAAGAGUCUGGAGACCCAAUGCCAAAUGCUAGUGAAUAUAGAAGACUGCUAGAAAGACUUUUAUACCUAACCAAUACAAGACUCGAAAUUAGCUUUGCCGUUGGAAAGUUAAGUCAGUUUCUUGAUUGCCCCACUAAUAAACACUUCCAAGCCGCUCUAAGAGUCCUGAAGUAUCUGAAAUCAGCUCCUGCCCAGGGCCUUUUAUUCAAAACCGAAUCAGACUUACAGCUCACUGGCUUCUCAGAUAGUGACUGGGCCACCUGCCCUGACACGAGGAGGUACAUAUCUGGCUAUUGUUUUUUUCUGGGCACUACGUUGAUCACAUGGAAGAGCAAGAAACAGGUUACUGUUGCUUGCUCUUCCGCUGAAGCCGAGUAUAGAGCCUUGGCUGCCUCAACAUGUGAAGCUCAAUGGAUCGUCUUCAUCCUUCAGGAUCUCACAGUUCCAAUCCUCAAACCAGCAGCUAUCUACUGUGAUAAUCAGUCCGCAUUGCACAUUGCGGCGAAUCCGGUGUUUCACGAACGUACCAAACACAUAGAAGCUGAUUCCCAUAUAGUGCGCGACAAGGCUCAAGCACAAGUUAUCAAGCUCCUUCCCAUCUCCACAUUACACCAAACUACAGAUAUCUUCACUAAAGUCCUCUCCCCUGCACCUUUCUCCUCCUGUCACUCCAAGCUUGGCUUAUGUGAUCUUCAUAAGCCCAACCUUGAGGGAGGAGUGUGA